AUGCCUUUCACUCAUGGAUUUCCGAGAGCGGAUAUCCAUGAGCUUUUGUCUCCUGAUCUUCUACACCAGAUCAUCAAAGGUACCUUCAAGGAUCACCUCGUCACUUGGGUCACGGAAUACAUCGAGGCGACUUAUUCACCUGCGGAGGCAAGACAAAUUUUAGCCGACAUCGACCGCCGGAUUGCUACUGCUCCUCCGUUCCCGGGCCUUCGACGCUUUCCAGAGGGUCGUGGCUUUAAACAGUGGACGGGAGAUGAUUCCAAGGCUCUCAUGAAGGUCUACCUCCCCGCUAUCAUGGGUCAUGUUCCGCCUCAAAUGGUCCGUGCAAUCAGCGCGUUCAUGGAGUUUUGUUAUUUAGUACGCCGCUCCGUUAUCGAUGACGAUGAUCUCAUCGCCAUUGACAAUGCUGUGGCCGACUUCCACCGUGAGCGCGUUGCAUUCAAUGCCAUUCGCCCGGACGGGUACUCCUUACCCCGCCAACACUCCAUCGUUCAUUACAAGUUCUUAAUCCAAGAGUUUGGUGCGCCGAACGGCCUUUGUUCAUCGAUUACCGAAUCAAGGCACAUUGCAGCUGUCAAGGAGCCGUGGCGUCGUUCGAGCCGUUUUGAGGCACUCGGCCAGAUGCUUGUUACUAACCAGCGGCUCGAUAAGCUAGCUGCUGCACGUGUCAACUUCCAAGCUAGGGGGAUGCUCAAUGCCUCCAUGUUUAGUGGACACGACCCACCUGGUCCCCAACUGCCCCCCACCACGCGACCAGAGGUUGAGGAAGAUGACGAUGGAGGAGCGGUUGAUGGUGACAUUUUGGGGGAGGUCACUCUCGCGAGAAAGCCACUCCCUAGGCUACCACGCGAGGUUACUGCCCUUGCUGAUCAACUGGGCACCCCAGAACUUCCAGAGCUUGUCCGACGUUUCUUGUACCAACAGGAAAACCCCGACUCACUUAUCCCCCUAGGCCUUGUGCCUCUCGACAACUGCCCAUCUCUUUCCCAUGUCAAAGUCCGCGUCUACGCCUCCGCUCUCGCCACCUACUUCGCUCCCAGUGACAAGUCUGGCACGCGAGGAAUGUUUCGAGAACGUAUUCGGGCAGUCAGCUCAUGGAGGAAAGGGCCCCCGAGAUAUGAUUGCGCUUUCGUUGAGCAGGACAGCAACCUCGAAGGCUUCCGCGGGCUGCUCGUCGCACGUGUCCGCUCUUUCCUUUCGAUCCGGCAUCAUGGCAUUGCGCAUCCAUGUGCCCUCGUGUCAUGGUACUCAGUGAUAGGAGAUCAGCCCUGUCCCGACACACGGAUGUGGAAGGUAAAGCCUGACCUUGAUGAUCUUGGGAACCCGUUGUUAGAUAUCGUUCACCUUGAUUCCGUUUUGCGCAAUGCUCAUCUGAUGGGUGUUUGUGACGGCGCAACGCGCCUUCCUCACAACUUUAAUUUUAAUGAUAGUUUAGAUUCUUUCCAAGCCUUCUACGUAAAUAAGUAUAUAGAUUAUCAUGCUCAUGAGAUAGCCUUCUAA